AUGAGAAUGCAAAAUAGAAAAAUUAUUCUUUUAAUUGACAAUGCACCUACACAUAUUCUUUAUAAAACUACACAUGUUACAAAUAUUACUAUUGAACUUUUACCUCCAAAUACCACUGCACAUUUACAACCUUCACAAUACCAAAAAUUAUUUUUAAAUAGUUGCGUUAGGGCUCUUGAUAAAUAUAAUGAAUAUGAUAUUGAACCUGUUGAAAUUAAUAUUAAAAAAUAUGAAAUGGAUACAGAUGAGAUUACAGUAUAUAAUACAAAUGAAUUGAAUGAGUUUCAAGUAUUAAUUGAUAAAUUAAAUCUUGAAGAUCCUUUUAGUGCUAAUGAAUUUAUUCAUUAUGAUGAUACAGAAGUUAUUAUGGAAAUAAGAACUAAUGAAGAAAUUCUAGCAGCAGUUUUUCUGAAUAAAAGAGAUAAAAUAAAAGAAAUAGAAAAAAAUUCAGAUCCUUUGCAAAUUAUUAAUCACAAUGAAGCUGUUGAAUUAUAUAACAACAGGACUACAAGACAACACUUUUUUUCAAUGACACAAAGUAAUCUUGAUAGUUUUAUUGAAGAUACUUAUUAG